GUUUCGGGAAGGAGGAAGAAAAUGUUAGGCCAAGAUUUAUCCUUUUCUAAAACCCUAAACCCCACCUUCUCCUCCCUCUCCCCUUUCUCCAUCCCUAAAUCUCCACCCAACUCCUUCACACAAAGAACCAUACCCAUCUCACCCCUCACCCAGAGGAACAAAAUCAAAAUCUCCAACCUUUUCCUCAACAAAGAUGUUGCCUCCCGCCGAGACGUCCGCGCAUUAGCCGGACGAAGCAAGAAGAAGCCCGGAGGCACAUCCGGGGGAAGAAUAGAAGGAGACUCAAACACGAGAAAGCAAAUAAAGCGCAACGCUCGCGAGAAAUCCAAGAAGCUAGCCGAGUCUCUCUUCUACCGUCUCUACAACAACCCCGACAAGAAGAGCCGAAGCAACAUUCUCAGCAGCCAUCCAGACAAGUUCACUGAAGACGAGCUCGAGAUGAUUGGUCUCGGUUACGACAGAAUGGUCCGGUUUAUGGAUAAGGACGACCCGAGGUUACGUCACCCUCACGACUGGUUCAAGUACGGCGAGUUCGGGCCUUACUCGUGGCGUGGCGUUGUGGUUGGCGACCCUGUUCGCGGGACGAUCUCUGAUGAGUGUGUGACUAUGAUUGGCGAGGUGGAGAGUCACGAGGAGUUUGAGAGGAUUGAGCAGCAUGAGAUGAACGUAGCGUUUCAGAAACGGGUCAAGGAGUUGGAUUCGGGUGGGGUUGGUUUGAGGUAUUUUUGGGUUUUCGUUAGGCAUCCCAAGUGGAGGUUGAGUGAGUUGCCGUGGGAGCAGUGGACGUUGGUGAGUGAGGUUGUUGUGGAGGUUGAUAGGAAGAAGAGGUUGGAUAAGUGGAAUUUGAUGGGGAGGUUGGGGAAUAAGUCUAGGUCUUUGAUUUGUCAGUGUGCGGCUUGGUUUAGGCCUGAUAUUGUUUAUGUUAAGAAGCCUGUGUUUCAGUGUAGGUUUGAGCCUCAGGAGGGUUUUUUUAACUCGAUUGUGCCGUAUUUGGAUCCUGUGACGGAGGGUGGGUUUGUUUUUGAAGUGGAGGGUGAUGAUGGUGGGGUGGAGUUGAGUACUUACUAUGGUGGGUUGUGUAAGAUGUUGAAGGUGAGGCAGACUGCUUUUGUGGAUGAUGUGGUCAAGGCUUAUGAGAAGUGUAGUGAUGAGAAGAAGUCUAGGGUUUUGAAGUUUUUGCUUGGGAACCAUCCUGUUGAGUUGUUGCAUCCGUAUACGAAAGAGUGGAAAGCGAAGUUGGAGGAGAUGGAGUUAGGGUGUGAUGCUCCAGAUGAAGAUGAGGAUGAGGAUGAGGUGAAUUCAGAGAAGGCUGAAUUCUCUGAAUGGGUUGAAGAAGAUGAAGGUGGUGAUGAUAGUGAGGUGGAGGAAGAAGAAGAUGAUGAUAAUAUGGUUGUGGAUGUAGAAGGAAACGUGGAGGAAGACAGUUUGGAAGGUGAAGUAGAUGAGGCUGAUCCGGAAGAGGAUGAGAGGUAUUGGGAAGAGCAAUUCAAGAAAGCGACAAGUAAUGCAGAGAGGAUGGAGAAGCUUGCGGAGAUGAGCAUGGUGGUGUCAGAUAAGUUCUAUGAGAAGCAGAUAAAGGCAAUGGCGGAAAGAGAAGAUGUUGAUUUCGAAGGAGAUGAGUUGGAGAUGAGAGGUAAGAAGGCCAAAGUGAAGCCAGAAGAAUGGAAGACAGUAGGAUAUGGAAGGUGGAUGAAGAAGAUAAAGAAGAGUAGAAUCCCACCUGAGCUCUUUCUUCGUGCUGCUGUUAGGCCCUUUGUUUACAGGAACCUUGUGAAAGAGAUUGUUCUUACAAGACAUGCCAUUUUAGAAGGCGAGAUUGGUCAAAAAGAGUGAUAACUACCAAUUCAGGUCUUCUUUAUUUUGAUUAUUAUUAGUGAAAGAAUGUUUUGUGUAUGUAAUUGGAGCAUGAAGAAGAGAUCAUCCAAGAACUUUCGAACCUCAUGCAUGUAAAAUGAUGACUCGAAGCAUUUUUUGUUAUUAAUGGUUUGUUAUGUUGCUUGUG